UCUUAAUUUAUCCUGAUAUUUUCAAAAUUGUCAAAAUUCUAACGAUUACAUCAUUACAAUAUCUUUAUAAUAAAAUCAUAAUACUGAACAUGUUAUUGCGAUAGUAACAUUUUUUCCCCUUGCCAAAAUGAACCAUCUUUAAUUUUUGUAAUGGUUGUGUUGUUGUCUAACUCCCUCUAAACCUUUAAUAAAAGGAUGUGAAUUUGUCUGCUAAAUUACUACCGUAACAUUUAUAUUGAUAAUGUCUCAUAGUAAUGAUGUCCUUUAUCAUACAGUAUUUUGAGUGAGGAGUAGUGUGCUGCUGCUGCUAACAGGUGCUGGCAGUUUAACCUGUUACUCAACGAAGUCGGAAAAAGAACAGGGCAACGAGCUAAAUCGGUUGUAAAUGGGAGUUCUCCCGUUUGUGUCAUGUCGAAAGUGAAAGUAUGGUUCAGGAGGCUAUUUAGUCUGAGCAGCAGAGAAAGUCAGAGAGUCUGAGACUGUGAACACACACAGAGCUCGGGUGAGAAAUAACUCCCUCUGGAUGGGAAAUAAUCUCCUUCAGUAAUCCAUAACCAGCUACGGGCAAAUCUCCAAAAUCAACCAUGAAAUCUGUAAAUGCUGUGCAGCUGUUCAUUCUGGUUUGGACCUUUACUGCUGUCUGUCAAGCUGAUGAAGAUAUCAGUGUAAGCUGUGAUGAUCUGACUGGAUCUGUGGGGAAAGAAGUGACUCUCAUCUGCAGUGUCUCUCUGAAGAUCACGGAAUGCUGCAUUAUAAUGUAUAAGUUUAAAUACCCUGAGAUCUUUAAUGACUCUUCAAUCUGUCGUCAAGAUGUUUCUGUGAACUCCUGUGAACAGAGAAACAGUUUCACAUGCCGCUACACUCCACCUACAGAGAUGAAAGAACAAUUCAGAUUCUUUGUGCAAACAAAGUGUGGAGUGAAAAAAGCAGUAAUCUUCACUUUUAACACAGUUUCCUCAGGACAUGUGGACGCAGUAAACCCAUCAGGAUCCCCUCCACCAGAGACAGCACCAAGAUUCAAGGGAACUGUCAUCACUGUGGUUAUGGUUGGUUUCAUCAUCUUCAUCAUCUUCAUAAUGAUGGUGAUCAUUCGCCAAACAAAACCAAACUUCACCAAACAUUGUAGACGCCAGAACUGGAUGUUUCUGAGAGUCAGACAUGAUGAGGACAACAAUCGUCCAGAAGAUGUGAUAUAAUAGCACUGAGUUUUGUUUGACUUUUCACAUGGUGCUCACAAA